CGUAAAAAAAAAAAAAAAAUCAUAAAUUAAAAUUAUUUUGACCAGAAAUACACAAAAUUGUGCAAUUAAUACAUUAAAUAAAAUGAAAAUAAACAAUCUUUUUAGACAUUUAAAUAAGUAUACCAGAAUGUACACGCUUAAUUCAAGAUUACAUUCAACAAAUGUCGUCUCUAGUGAUGCUGUUAAUUACUGUGCAAAUAUUGUAAAAUAGACAGCAUGACUACGAAAACUUUUUGGCAACGUUACUUAUGACAAAAAUGAUUCGUUCACCGACACUUGUAAUUAGAGCUUUUAACGUUGAAGUAGCUCGUAUACAGGAUCAAACUACCGAUGUACAAACUGCAGCAUUCAGACUGCAGUUUUGGCAAGAUACACUUAAAGAUAUUUAUAAAAGUGAUCAAAAUCUCCGAAACAUACCAGCCAAUCCAGUAGCUCAGGAAUUAUUUAAAGUUUGCUGCUGCUAUAAUUUGCCCAGGAGGUAUUUAGAAAAACUUAUAACAUCAAGGAGCAACAUAAUGAAAUCUAAAUACUUCCGUAGCUUAGAAGAUCUAGAAAGAUAUUCAGAAGAUACAGUAUCCUCCAUAUAUUACCUUAUUUUAAGUGUAGCUGGAAUUCAAAAUGUACAUGCAGAUCAUGCUGCGUCACAUUUAGGGAAAGCACAAGGACUUGCCAAUGUAUUGAGAUCAAUAUUUGUUUCAAACCAUCACAAAAUGGUAUCAUUACCCAUGGAUAUUCUCAUGAACAAUGGAAUUAGUCAAGAAACUGUAUUAAGGGGCAUUGAUAGUGAGAAUAUGAGAAGUGUUAGUUUUGAAGUUGCAAGCAGAGCAAAUAGUCAUUUACAAAAGGCCAGAAGUAUUACGGUACCAAAAUUGGCUAAACAGAUAUUUUUACCAGCUAUAUCUGUCAAUGCUUACCUUACUAAAUUACAAAAGUGUAACUUCAAUGUAUUUGACAAAUCUUUAGCCUUAGGAAGUGCUACUUUGCCAUUCAGUCUUUAUUUCAACAGAUUAUUGAAUAAGUAUUGACUGUUAUCUAAUUAUGUAUAUAGAAAAAAGCCAUUAUUUCGUCAUUAAAAACACUUUAAUGUACCUAUUUAAUAUUAUAACUGAAUAAAUAAAUUACAAUUG